UACAAACGCUAAAUUAAAAAAAAGAGCUCUUUUCUUCCUGGGAAAUAGAAUUAUACACUUAAAAAAUAUAGAAAUUCUUUUGCACUUCAAAUAACUUCCAUGUAUAAAAAAAGCGUCGUUAUAUUUUGAUGGUCUCUCUUGUAAGUGGAGUUGCAGCGAUUAGUAUUUGAAUAGCCUCCCUCUUUUUGUUUUUAUCCUCAAAAGUUUAAAAAUGCGGUAAGAAAACAAAAUCAAACACAAUCUGUUUUUAUUGAAAUUUCUUCGUGUCACACCUUAACUCACAGGACUUUGACGGUGUGUUGGGUAUUGCUGCGAAAUUAAAUAAUAAACUGUCAGUUUAUACAGAUAGACAAACAUGUUACAUGGGUUACGCCCCUACGCCUGUUUUCUUGUUAUUGAAUUGCCAAGAUGGCCAAGACGGUGUUUAGGCCGUCAUAAUAUCACAUUAGUUAUAAUAAAUGCCCGCUUAAUCAUCACUUAAUUCGAAUAACUCAGUGUUCAUAUUUUUUUGCUGUGAAAUUCUCUCUUGCGCCUCCAGUAAAAUAGCACUCCGAAGUCUUAUGACCUGUUUUGCAGAAUGGAGAGCUAUGAAGAAUUUUUCCAGACUCAACUGUCUCUUGUGAAGGAGAGGGCUUUGUCCACAACCGACAAGAAUGCAGACCCUGAGCUGGACAGCCGCCGCAGCUCGUCUUGCAUACGAUUUCAUGGAAUUGCCAUCCUGCCUCCAGUGUUUACCAGGGAGCGCAGAGCGGAGAUGUGGAAGUAUAAAGAUGAAGCCGUGAACUUCAUGAAUCAGAAGAGGAAAUUGCCCAAGGACCCGCGGAUGUUCCGGGUUCAGGCCCUCCUUGACAGCGUCCAGCUAAGGAGGGCACCGACACUGGAGGAAUUUGUCCGAGAUGACUCUGAACCUUUGCUGAGAGAAAGCAGCAAAUUGCAAGAAGCUGCUGUAAAGAGCAUGGAUGUUGAAUCAGAGACUGACAGAAAUGACCAUAUUGAUCCAUUACUUUCCCUCAAUCUGCCUGCCAAACCAGAUCAUAAUGAAAACAUGGACAUCGGUUUUCCUAAAUUAACAUCCUCUGUUGAUAGCUUUUGUGCUACAGAUUCUCCAGAUGUCCAAAACACUUACACGGUUCCUGUGACUGAUGAAGGGUCUGUGAUUGAUUGUCACCAGAGUGACACAGUUCAGUCUUCGGAAACCAAAAGUACCAUAGCUAGUGACACCCAAGUGCUUCAAAACCCUAAGACUCAUAAUAAUGUCAGUCAGAGAUCGAUGUCCUCGGGGUACCUAACUUGUGAUAAUACAGAUCUUACAUUUCAUACGAACAGUGGAGCAGAAAAUGGUUGUUUCAGUACCGACGGACAUACAGUGACACAAGGUUUUUUCCUACACGAAAAUGCUGGUUUGACGAGUAAUGUCUCAGACAUAGUGGGUGAUACAGUAGCCGAUUUUAGUUCAAAAGAUAUUUGCGAAGGAAGCAAAACUGCUGGCCAGGAUGUUGUUUCUGAGGAUUCAGACCUGAAAACUGUAGGAUAUGAGAAACCGUGUUAUCCUGAGCACCCUGUGGAACCUUACCGUAUGAGCCUCCAGAACCUGUUGAAGAAGUCUCAGGAAUACAGAAACAAGCAGCGACAAUUGAAGAACUCCAAAGCUAGGGCUCUGGAAAACAGCAAGGUUGACAGCCUUUCUGACAAGGAGAAUGAUACAUCCCCUCAGAUACUGAGAGGCGAGUCCGGGAAAACAAAAGAAAAAAAAUCAAGUUGUGGAAGAGUUCGAUUUUUGGUGUCGGAGGGAGCGCUGACAGGAGGCAUGGUCUCGUCAAUUUCCAGUGUAAAUUCGGGCACUCGAAUACUAUUGGCUGAUAAGAAACUGAACAGGCCUGGAAUUCUGGAACGUAGUAAAAUGGGUUUUGACCAAGAAAAAAAGGAGCAUGCCAAGCAAAGAUCAGGCAUUGAAGCCAGUUCAGUUUCUUUUACUCCUUGCAAACCGAUCGUAGUAGAUAAGAGUUUUGCCAGUAAUGAACCAGAAGUGUUAUCAUACACCACAAAACAAAAUAAAGCAGCUGAUCUCCCAUACGAUGUUUCUCGCUCUUUAACACCACAAGCUUCUUUUAUAGAUGUAAAAAAGCCUGACUGCAUCCCAUCACAAAGCACUGUGGAUAAAAAAUUUAGAACAGUCCCAUGUCCCCAGCUGUGUAAAAGCCCAGUUCACUCCCAAAAAGUUAGCGGUCCUUCUAGAAAACUAUUAGUGAACACAUCUUUGAGUGUUGGAAAUGAAAUAGAGGGGGAACAAAUCAGCAAUAAGGCGAACUGUUCAUAUAUGGAUGAUCAGAUUCGGAACAGCAGGAAUCAGACAGUACAGAUCACGCAGCUUGAGAUGAACUUGUCCUCUCUUAAGUCCCUGAUAUUAGACUUGGAAUCGACCAUUACAGAGGUGCCUACCAAAUAUGCGUCUGAAGAAAGCAUGGUGGAAAAUACAGAGUCUUCUGUCAAGAAUGUUGAAAAUGUGGCUUUCCAGUUGAAGAAAAUGCAACCAGACCAUAGGAAGGUUCUUGAGGACUGGAAACAAAUGUCAGCAACAUCCCUAGCACAGAAAUCGGGGGUUCCAGACAUGUCAAAAAGCCACCUCGUCUCCAAUGUGGGGCCACAGAAGGGACGUGUUCUGGCUGACUUAAGUUCUCGAGCUGUGGCUGAUUCAGUGAGACCUCGAGAAACUGAAAGCACGUGGUGUUGCCAUUCAGUAAACCAGUCGUAUGAUGUUGAGAUGCCUUCGGGACUUUGGCUUCAAGGGCGGGAGUCAGGGCAGGAGAAAGAAACUUGGGGAAAAGUCCUGACGCCUGUUAGCGAGGGGAAUGGGCAGGAAUCCCGAGCCAAAAGAAGACUCCUCAUGAACACACCAGAUUUAAACAUCCGAACUGGUCAAGCUGCAACGGAAACCAGAAUUGGAGAAAAACUGAUGUCAAGCACCCCUAAUGUCAAACGAUCUCUCAUGGAAAAACAGCAGCUGCAGUUGAGGCAAGCACAUGCAAUGCAGGUUCGCACUCUGGUGGAGGAACAGCAGAAAGAACAGCAACACAUGCUGCAGAAAAUUGCAACACAGUACCAGUUGUUGCAGCACAUUUCAGCCAUGUCUCCUAACUGCAGCAGAUAUUGGAGGGACAUGACUUUUCCCAGCACCCCUCUGCUUGAACAGCCUGUUUCACCUCCAGUUGCUGUGCAGGCACAUGGUGCCCACUCUGUGACUCCGCUUUCCUUAAUUACAGCCGUAAUUAAAGGUUACCUCACCCGGAGACUGCUCCGUACAGAGCGCGUGGCCCAGCUUGUCCGGACCAUUAAGGACACUCGACACUUCCUGCUCACUCUGCAGCCGCACACCCCGGGAAGGGCGGAGUUCAGUUCCAAACAGGACCAGGCGCUGCGAGAACGAGUCCAGCACCAGCUGCGCUCUGCGCAUUAUGAAGUCCACGACAUCUUCUUUGGUUUGUCCCCAGAAGAACGAAUGCAGAUCAUCUCCUGGGAUCGAGAUUUAGUGAGAAACAGAGAAAUCAAACAAAAAAAUGGGACAAAACACAGCAGAGGAAAAGGCUCACUUUCAGCUGCUACAAAGAAGUCACUGGAGAGGAAGAGGAGUUUACUGUUAUGGAAAAGAGUUGCAGAGAGACAGAGGGGGCCAGGGAAUGUUUAUCCUGGGAGACAGCUCCGUCAGCACAGCUCCAAAGAAAACAGCUCUGCUCUUUCCACAAAACACAGAUGACAUAUACAGACAGCUCAUGCACACAGCCUUCUUCGGGAUCAAGAGGGAAUUCUUACUUAGUGUUACAAGAAACUCUGCCUGUGCUGGGUGUCCAUACUGUACCACUGCCAACCUCUGCCACUGUCAUCUCCAAAGAGCACAGCAUCCCACAUCUGUUUAUAGAAAGUCAGAGUGCUACCACAACAUUAUAUCCUGCACUUGAAAUAACCCUGGAUAACCUGGGCUAAGUGGGGAUUCAAUGAUCGGAGAUUACUCACUGGUUGAUCUGGACAGUAAAUAUAAACCUGAGAUAAUUGUUAUAAAAAAUCAUCAAUCCUAAGAAGCAUAAAAACAUAAGGUACAGGAAAAAAAUAAUUUUAAGCCCCAUUUUACUGUUACUUGUUCCUUACAAAAUUUGUAACUUUUUAAUAU